AUGACAUUCGUUGAUUCUAUGGAUGGACGACGACGAUUUCCCAUGAACGGUAUCAAGCAGAACUCUACAGCCCCCUUCCGUAAUCCACUCGGCCCAAAGAACAGUCUCGACUAUUGGCAAAAGGCCAAGGAUCAGCAAGGCGUGACCUAUUAUUGGAAUCCGUCUGCGAAUCCAUACUAUGGCAUGGACAGUAUUUAUGCGCAGCAAAAGUCGCGACCUCAGCGACCGUCUCCGUUUCCGCUGUCAAUCCCACCUCAACCUGCACAGAUCAAACCGAGGUCGCCGACGAUAGCGCCGGUUCUUCCGAUCUACCAUAAUCUUCCGACAACGACAAUUCAGAGAGUCCAAGAUGAGAAUCGACUCUUAGCCGCCAGCACUACCAAUGGGAACCUGGUUCAACGUACUGACAUCAUCAACGGAACGAAACGACCGGAACCGCUGAUUUGGUCCGUUCAGACUGAUCCACUGAGGGAGCUGAGAAGCUCUCCGCCCAAGAACUUUCCUCCAGCUAUUCCUGCUUACGGCGAAAAGCGACCACCAGCUCGACAAAAACCGCGAUGGGGAAGGUUCGUGCAAAGCCUGUGCUGCUGUGUUGCACCACAGGCAGAGAUAGAGAAAGCAGCCGUACCGCGCAAUCCGUCGCUGUUGAUCACUCAGGUGCAGAAGAACGGCGGCGCCACAAACGGCACCACGCUUUCGGAUACGACCACCGACGAUUUUCUAACAGUUACCGCAGGAAUUUCGCCCACGAUUCUUCCCGAACCGGUUACGGCUUUUUCGACAACAAGUUAUGUCUUCGAGCUGUCCACUUCGUUAGGAUUAUUGGCUGACCUCACAGUAGCACUCUGCUCUCUUUUUGACAUUUAUUCGAGCAUUUCUAUCGAUCCCAAUAUCACUUGUCCGCAAUCUACCGGUUAUUCAUUGGCUAUCGCCGAAAUGCGAACAAAGCGCAUUUUCAUCGAAGAGUUCGCUAUCCGAGAAGAUCCCUCGUUAUUAAUAAGCAAUCUUGUUCUGCGCCCUGGCCGAACUCCGACUGCUGAUGAGAUCAUAAAAAGAGGUUUACUAGGAAACAGUAGAAGAAAGACGACGGGAGAAAAAUUCCUACUUCCGCCAGUUAGACCGUCUGACAUGAACAAAAAGUGCCUUAUCAUCGACCUCGAUGAGACGCUGGUCCACUCCUCCUUUAAGCCGGUGAAGAAUCCGGACUUUGUGAUUCCGGUUGAGAUCGACGGUAUCGUGCAUCAAGUGUACGUGUUGAAGCGGCCAUAUGUGGACGAGUUCCUUGCUCGGAUCGGUGAUCGCUACGAAUGUGUGCUUUUUACAGCUAGUCUGGCUAAGUAUGCCGAUCCGGUCGCCGAUUUGCUCGACAAGCGUGGUGUGUUUCGAUCUCGAUUGUUUAGAGAGGCAUGCGUCUAUCAUAAGGGAAAUUACGUCAAGGACCUGGCUAGGCUUGGUAGGGAUCUGUCAAAAGUCUUGAUUAUCGACAACUCACCUGCGAGCUACGCGUUUCAUCCCGAAAAUGCGAUCCCAGUCCCCACAUGGUGGGAUGAUCCGUCAGAUGUCGAGUUGCUGGAUAUUUUACCACUUCUGGAACGACUCGAGAAAGCUGAGUCAAUAUACGAAGUGUUGAAGCAUGAUGAUCCAGUGUCUGAACCGCUGCUAGAGCGUGCUCAAUGA